UUCGAUCUACUGUUAAAUUAACGUUGUUCAACUCUCCUCUUUUUUCGCCUCUCUCUCUCUCAAUAACUAUGUUCCACUAAAUUAUACCGACAUCAUAUAUCAUAUAUCAACUAGCUAGCAAAUCAAUCAAUCAAUCAAUUAAGCUAGCUAGCUAGGAGAUUUACAUAUAUAAUGACGAACCAGUUGGAGAAUUUAAUCGAAUCGAUAAAAUCGAAAGUCAAGGCAUUGAAAAGGAAGAAAACAAAUAAGAAGAAGCCGGUGUAUAUGAAGAUGGACAAAACAAACAGUGUGAGAGUUCAGAUACGUAGUAAUAAUGCACGUAAACUUAUUGAUAAAACUCUUCAAGCGGCUGAUCAUCCUGGCAAGCGUUCCAUUCCUUGAUUAAUUAAUUAUUAGACUAAUAAUCAUUCAUCUUUUUUCCUUUUGUUUUAUUAUCCUUCUUUUAAUUUUGAUUACAAUUAAUUUGUAUGUAUACUUUGGGUAUUAUUAUUGUACGUUUCUACUUACUUUGUAUUAA